GUAAGUCGUUGCCAAGAUGACUGAACCGGAUCCGUAGCCAUUUUGGCUCAAGGCUCCGAGGAUCGCCCCAAGACGGCCCAAUAGGCUGUAAGAGCGCCCAAAGUCGGAGUUUUAGUAGCCAUGUCGGCCGCGCGUUGCUGCUUGCUGCUCGCCGUGACAGGCAGCUCUGCCGUCAUGGACAUAAAGGGGAAGGGCGGGCAUCUCCGGAGGCCCAGAGAACAGGCGCCUCAUGGUUUCAUAGUGGGCGAUGGUCCGAAGGUGCACGUGAGCGUCGAGGUGCUGGAGAGCGGAGGAAUGCUUAUUGGCACCACCGCGAUCGAGGAGCCGGCCCGCAUAGAAACCGCGGAUCUGUGCACGCAGGUCGGGGUGGCAUGGUUGGCGCUGGUGCUUAGCGGCGGCGUCUUCGUCAUCUUGCCCAGGUACCAGACCCUGGCGCAGUUGCUCCUUUUCUUCGGGGCCCAGAACUUCAUGAACUUGUUGUACAUCAAGGCGAUCAUGUCCAUCCACACGGUCUGCCAGGAGCUCAACAUACGGCGCUUCCAUGCGCUCCUAGUGCUGACGGCCAUGCAGCAGCUCGCGGGCUUCCUCUUCCUCGCGCUGGUGAUCCUCGUGUCCCAGCUGACGCCGUGGGCCUACAGGCCGCACAGCAUCGUCAGUAAGGACCAGGCCCUCGCGGUGAUGGCCCUCGCAGUGUGCUUCACCCUGAACAUCGCCCUCAACAACUUCAGCCUCUCGCUCCUGGACAUGUCCGUUAACGUUAUGGUCCGCUCCACGAGCCCGCCGAUGUCUCUUCUCCUGCAGCUGUGCUUUCUUGCGAAGGUAGGCAUGGUGCUACUCGGCGUCAUCGGCGCGGCGCUGGUGGUUAUUUCCAAGAGCACCCAGAAGAAGACGGCGGACCAGAACGAGGGCGGCGGCAGCAACACGCUGGGUCUCCCUGGAGCUCAUGGUAGUGGUGAUUCUUGGCAAGGGGUCAAGUUGAACGCUAUCGACUCGCUCAUUUACAUGACCAUUCCAAUCGUCGUGCUGCUGUUGUUGCCCAUCUACUUGAUCAAGCACCCCGUGUCUUAUCCUGGGCACGAGAUGGCCACGAAUUUCAGCGUGUUCGUGGAGAUCGCCCAGCUGAGCCUCGGCACCGUGGUGCAGGUGAUGAUGUCCGGCAUCUGGGCCCUCGGCUACAACCUCCUGCUGUACAACAUUGUCAGGGACCUCUCCCCGUUCUUCGUGUCGUUUGCCGCAAACUUCAAAAGGUGGCGGCCAUCGCCCUGGCCCUGCUCAUGGGCAUGGAGUCGCUGCAGGCCGGCCGCUUGAAGUACUUGAUGUGCGCGGGCGCGGCGGGGAACAUGGCGGCCUGCACCGCGUACAGUCUGUGGCCGCCGCAGCCGAAGAAGGAGCUCUCUGAAGAAUGCAGCAGAGUUCUGCUGCAAAAAAGGCGGACGCCUGAGGCCCUCGCCUCUCUCGCCGAGGAGCGCCGAGAAGGGCGCGGGGCGCUUUGGCGUCGAAGGAGUGCCGUCAGGCGCGCGCCUUGCGUGCGUCGAGUGAUCUCGCGCCCUGACGGCCGCGGCUAAUUUAGGCAGCAUGCGAAUCGCUGAAUCGCUUCCUCUCCUCUUCCCCUUCUCUCCUCUUCUCUCCUCUUCCUGCUCCUCCUCCUAUUCCCCGCCGGGGAGCAGGUGGAGGAUAUCUCUUAGAUCCGUCGGUGCCAGUGCUCGAGGCCUGACGAGGACACUGCCUAUCCGCUGACUUCGCGGAGGGUUCGGUGGAUCGCGCACACAUGGUCCCCAUACCGAUGUAUGAGCUCCUCCGACUGCACCGAAUACGAGAUACCACCUGGCGCUGUCGGCUGUGGUUGUCGUUUCCUAUGAUUUCUUCAGCCGAUCGGCGCGGGCCCUCGCGCCCCGCCCCCCGGGUGGGGCCUCUCCUGGGGCGCACUGCUGCAAACAGUGGCAUUCAGCAGAGGUCCGGAGACAGACCCCUCCCGAACCCCCCCCGGUC